UUGAUGUUUUUGAUAAAGUUGUAGAUUCUGAUAAUAAUGCAACUUUGUCAAGUACUAUAAGUAUACAAAAUAAUUCAGAAAUUGAUGAAUUUAUAACUCCACCUAAAAAUUUUGGUAUUCACUAG